UUAACGUCAAUUUUCCAUGCAGUUUUCAUCGGCCCACCGUAAAUUGUCGGUCAAUCUAAAUUCCUGUAAUGAAAUAAUUGAUAAAGUUUGAAAAAAUGAGUACAACAUCAACCAAAAGACUUUCGGAAACACCGGGCAGUCAAGCGUCAUCAGUUAACAUUGUAAAAACGGAUGAUGACGAUUAUAGUACAACUCCAGAAUUUAUUUACGGUGGGCCGUUUAUUAAAGUUGAAAAACCCAGUCCAUUCAUAAAUACAGCGACUCCAAUUAAUUUGCAGUUACAAGGGACGUUCAAAAAGAGUUUUGCGUAUUACUCGUUAAAGGAACGUAUGCCCGUUAUACUGACGAAAGUUAUUGACUAUCUUUCGCGGGAGAGUUCAAAAAUAAAAGGAUCCUGUGGUGCCUCCGAUGAAGACAUUCGCAACUAUAUACAGUACAUUACAAAACUAAAGAACGAUCUAGUCACCAACAAGCCCUACGAUUUACUAAAAGUAGACACCCCUGAAGCGAAACGGUGGAACGAGUGGAUAUCCGCCGUUGACAGCCCUAGUUAUUUCCUUAACACCUGGGUGUUCACCGAGUGCUAUGUUUACAGGCGAUUGAGGGAAGGAUGCGAACUGAACAAAACGCUGGAAAAGUUCGACCCGUUCGACGAGCAAAAAGCGCAAUCGUUCAACAACAGCCUCGAGCCGAUGUGCAUUGUAGCUGAGAAACUGGCCACCAUGCUACCGCCCAGCGAUAAGGACAAGCGGAAAGCCGAUUUUAUUACUUUAUUGAAGAUUUGUCUCUGGUCAAACAAAUGUGAUCUGUCCUUGUCUAUGGGCGAGCAAGUGAAGCUGCAAAACGAGGGAGUUAAGAAGAGUCCAUCACGGGAUGUCAUUGACCCGUUCCAGAUGAUCCUAGACCUUAAAGACAAGAUUCUAGUAGAUGACUCAGCGAAAAUAGCCGAUCAGGUUGUUGUUAGAGCUGAAAAUAUCGCAAAAGCCAUUGAGGGGAACACCUCUUUGAAAAAAUGCAGUUGUAAUAGACUAGCCACGAGCGCCGGUUUGCCUCUCUGUGAGCAAGAUGAAAAACCCCCCGAGGCCCCAGCGGGCGAGGGCGAAGCCCCCGAAGGGCCUCCGCCCCCGCCCUGCCCCUCCAAGUUCACCGUGCCGCAAUCGGUUAUGUUCGAUAUAGUCUGUGACAACGCCGGCUACGAGCUGUUCACCGACCUCUGCUUGGCACAUUUCUUAAUAUCACAAAAAAUCGUACAAAAGGUUAGGUUUCACGUAAAGAAAAUACCUUGGUUCGUGUCUGACGUCACGCCCGUAGAUUUUCAGUACGUGAUAAGUUCAUGCGCAAAGAGCAGCUACCGUAGGGAAGUGCCGCCCGAUCCUAAGCCAGAUGCAAGUGAGGACAGUGUAGAGGAGCCGCCCCGUGUGGUGUCGUCCGACAGUUUGCAGCAACUGGCGAGCGCGUGGGAGGGGUUCGUGCAAGAUGGCAGCUUUGUUGUUAUGUGCGACGACUUCUGGACGUCGCCGCACGUGUACAAGGACAUGAAGCGCUACGACCCGGACCUGUACAGGCAACUGCAGUUCGCCGCCUGCGUCCUGUUCAAGGGAGACCUGAACUAUAGGAAACUUCUCGGCGAGAGGAACUGCAACCCCACUCUGGGGUUCGAGCCGGCGCUGCAAGGUUUCCUGCCGGCGCCGAUAGCCGCGUGUCGCACGGUGAAGGCGGACUUGAUCUGCGGCUUGCCGAAGGGGAAGUGGGAGCAGCUGAACAAGGUUGACGAGAAGUGGAUGGAAAAGGGAGACUAUGGUGUGAUACAGUUCUGCGGCAAGUGCGAGCCGUUGAAAGUGUCGGACCGGCCCUGUCCCAUGUACGGGGACACAUGUCGGGGGCUCGUCUGCUCUUAGGCUAUGCGAUACUCAAAUUGUAAGUGAGAAAUUGGAACAGGGGUUACGAAGAGUUAUAAUAAUUAUGUUGAUAUUUUUACUUUGUUGAAAUAAACUUAUUUUGGUAUAAA